CAAAGACCGGCGACAAUGGCUUCAAGUCAAUGCGAGCUAAGUCGGAAGCUUCAGAAGCUGCGGAUUCAAUCCGCUCACACCGCGACGCGAUCCGGGCACAUUUCCUCUCCCUCUUUCUGUGGACUAAUUCUUCCAAAGUACUCGUCUUGGCUCAUCAUCAUCAUUAAUCAACAGCUUGAAGUUUUGCAUCAACGAAUUAUUUGGUACAGUUCCCAGGCAUCCUUACCAGACAAGACGACCUCUUGAAGCUAAAGAACCGGUUAAAAUUUUCCGAUUCCCCGUGGUGGGUUCUGUAAAAUUCUCUCUCUCUUAGUGGUUCUGUCUCUAAGCCAUCUUUUUUGGAUAAGUAUGUAUUAAGCUUUCAGCUCAAAGGGCGCAUAAUAAAUUGAUUCCUUGAUUUGAGCGUACAGCUCAGAACUGAGAGCUCGAAUUUGCCUGUUUUAGUUCUACCCUGAUCCUGGUAGAGUACUGAAGUGUGUAAGCUGGCUAGAUGAAGCUGUAGCUCAAAGGGCAUUUGCUGUUAUCAACUUCUUGACAUGGCUUUUAUAAUGCAGUUUCUCUCUGUUUCCUUUUGCUUUACUUAUAAAAUUUAAGUUGGACGCCGAGAUUAAAGAUUAUUGGGUUCGUUAAAUCCUCGUUCUUUUUUGGGUUGUGCGUGUGUUCAUUAUUUUCUUGAAUCAGCUUCCACCUAAGCUCUGCCAGUGGCACUUUUGCUUCUUUCUGUUCGGCAUAGGUUGUGUUCUCUAAAAGCUUCCAGCUUUUUGAUCGAGGAAACAGGUUUCCGGUGAUUUUGCUGUGAUAAUGGGAGACCUUGUUUCAGGAGCAGUUGUCGGGGUAGUAUUCGCUGGCUAGAUUUUUUGAUCAACGGAAAUGAUUUAGACGCACUGGUGGGAGCCCAAAAUUUAACAAUGGAUGUCUCUAGCUGCUCUUCAAAGAUCUACGAUGUCUUCUUGAGCUUCAGAGGGCGUGAUGUUCGUAAAAGCUUUGCCGACUGCCUCUACCGCGGUCUCAAGGAUGCUGGGAUCUCGGUCUUCAGAGAUGAAGAGGCGCUUCCCGUGGGAGAACCCAUCGAUCCCAAGCUUGUGCAAGCCAUCCAGCAAUCGAAAAUGUCCAUGCCUAUCUUUUCCCGAGACUACGCAUCCAGCAAGAGUUGCCUCAUGGAGGUGCAACAAAUGAUGGAGUGCCAAGGGAAGGGCGAUCACAAAAUCCUGCCUAUUUUCUUCGAUGUCGAGCCCUCUGUCGUAAAACACCAAAACGAUACCUUCAAAAUCUCAUUCACAGAGCAUGAACAGAAUGGAGUGGACCCUGAGACGAUCAGCAUGUGGAAGUACGCUCUUGAAAAGAUUGGACACCUAAAGGGUUGGGACUUGCAAAACUUCGAGAAUGGGUAUCAUAGCAAAGCUAUACAGGGUAUAAUUUCAGCAGUUCGUGGGAUAUUGAAGAAGCCUGAACUGAGAUUGCCAGAGAAUCUAGUUGGGCUUGACCAUAACGUAGAAGAGGUAAUGAGAAGACUUGAUGUUGCUUCUAAUGAUGUACGAAUCAUUGUCAUUCAUGGGAUUGGAGGGGUUGGCAAGACAACGCUUGCAAAGGCUGUUUACAACCAACUGUGCCAUCGGUUCGAGGCUUGUGGUCAUGUCGACAACAUUCGGGAAGCAUCAAAAGAAAUAAGUGGACUCCGGCGAUUGCAAAGGCAAUUAGUUUCCGAGCUCCUAAAUAAGAAAUUAAAGUUCAAUUCUCUGGAUGAAGGCGUUCGUUUCAUGAGAGAGAGGUUUUCCAAGACAAAGGUUCUCAUUCUUCUGGAUGAUUUGGACAACCGCAAACAACUAGAAUUUCUGGGGGAGCUGAAUCACUAUGGUCCAGGAAGCACGAUAAUUGUGACAACAAGGAAAGGUGACAUUCUUAAAGCUGUCGAGAAUUAUGAAGUUGAAUGCAUGAAUGGUGAUCAAGCUCUUCAACUUUUCUGCAAGCAUGCAUUUCAUAUGGAUACCCCUCAAGUGGGCUAUUACAAUCUCUCCAGGGAAAUAGUUGCAGCUGUUAAAGCGCUUCCUUUAGCUCUUGAGGUUAUAGGAUGUCGUUUAUUUACUAAAGCAAUGGAUAUUUGGGAAGGCACACUUGAGAAAUUGAAACUAAUACCUGAUGCAGAAGUCAAGGAGAAGUUGAUGAUAAGCUAUGAAUCCCUAGACGAGAGCGAAAGGGAGGUAUUCCUUGACAUAGCUUGUUUUUUCAUUGGAAAGGAUCAGAGAAUCGCACGCUAUAUGUGGGACAAACAUAAAUCUAUUGCAAUUGAGACGCUGAUUUCCAGAUCUUUGGCGAAAAUUGGAGACAAUGGUGUGCUAUGGAUGCAUGAUUUGCUAAGAGAUCUUGGCCGUGAAAUUGUUCGAAAUGAGAGUCCUGAUGAACCCGGAAAACGCAGUAGGCUAUGGAAUCAUGAUGACGCUAUCUCCACGCUGCAAAAUAGAGAGGGAACUCGAAAGGUCAUUGGACUUGGUCUGGCAUUUAAUGAUGAAUCCAAGAGUUUCAGUCCAGGAGACUUUAAUCCUCUAUCAAACUUAAGGUUCCUCAAAUUGGACCAAGCAAAUAUUCAAGGGGAUUUCCGGAACUGUCUGCCGACUUUAAGGUGGCUUGAUUGGGCAGGUUGCUCUAAAAUGGCUGAUCUUCUUAACUUGCAUCUUGAUGAUGUAGUCAUCCUCAAUCUGUCGUACAGUCAAAUUACUAGAGACAUAUACAGUUGGACCGAAAUCAUGAAGUCGACUAGGAAACUGAAAGUUUUAGACCUCAAAGCCUGUGUGAACCUUUCCGGAUGUAUUGAAUUCCCUGCUUCAAUGACCUUAAAAGUAUUGACUCUUGAAGAUUGCCGCCGGUUGAGGCAAAUUGAUCCAUCCAUCCGCUAUCUCAAGGAAUUAGAGUCCUUAAAUUUGAAGAUGUGCUGUGAAGUUGCCAAUUUGCCAAGUGAAUUGAGUUUCAUGACAUGUUUAAAGGAGCUUCUAAUUGAUGGAACUUCUGUAAGUAAACUACAUUUCCCAAAUGGGUCGAUGAAGCAACUUAAAACUCUCAGCGCUCGUGGCUGUAAACGACUGCGUGAGACAACCGAUUCGAUCGGUGGUCUUAAAUCUCUUUCGCAUCUUGCUCUGGAUGAUGCGAUUAUAGAGAAACUGCCGAGAUCAAUUGGGGAACUAGCAAAACUUGAAUCUCUGUCUCUGCGGAACUGUCAAAAUCUUUUAGAGCUUCCCGACUCUCUUGGUGGUCUGGAAUCGCUAUCUGAUAUAGACCUGACGAACACGAGGAUUGACGAAUUACCUCUUUCCUUCAAGGAUUUGACAAAGUUGCAAGCGUUGAAGAUGGAAGGCUGUUUCCUGCGGGAAUUUCCUGAUGCCAUAGCCGACUUGCCAAACCUGAAAGAGGUAAAUUUCUCGUUCUGUCGAAGUUUGACAGGGGAAAUUUCUAAUGGCAUUUCCACAACUUUGAGAAUCCUGAGACUCUCCCACACAAAAAUUUGCGGUCUUCCAGCAACAGUUCGCGGACGACUUGCUAAUCUCCAGAUCCUAGACUUGCGUGAAUGCAAGAAGCUUCAGGCGCUACCGGAUCUGCCUUCAAGUUUAGUUGCUCUGUAUGCAGGAUCUAAUGAACUGAAAGUGGUUCCGAAUCUCUCGAACUUGGUGAAUUUGAAGGAGCUGCACUUGCGCCUUGAUGCCACAGGUUACAGCUCUAGACUUCCUCAGGACUUUGAAUGGGUUUCGAGACUGCCAAAAUUGGAGGCAUUGCAGCUGUCCUUUACGAACCACUUUGAGCUGCGGCUACCUGGAAAUUUUGCAGGUCUUUCUCGGCUUAGGAAGCUUACUCUUAUAUAUGUAGACUUGCAACACCUUCCACAACUGCCCUCGAGGUUGUCAAGAUUGUCCCUGCAAAAUUGUAGGUCGUCGAGUAAUUCGCCAGAUCUAUCUAACAUGCAUGGCCUGCUAGAGUUAGAACUUGAACAUUGUGAGAUGGCGAACAUUUGUGGCCUCCAUCGUUUGGAAGCACUGCAAGUCUUGAGAGUAUCCUAUUGCACCGUGAAGACACUUGAGGCGCUUGAAGGGUUGCGACAUCUGAGGGACUUGACGAUAUUUCACUGUAGUUCUCUGGCGAACUUACCGGAUUUGUCCCACUUUGAGAUGCUGCAGGAGAAGGAUAUUGAGUAUUGGAAUAGGUAGUACAAGCGCUAUGAUGAUUUCAUUUCUUCAUGUAACUUCUGACAUUUCUAUAUGGAUCUCCCAGCUAUGAUUGGUGUGUUAGACGACAUGUAUCUCAUAGACAUGCUCCUCUUUUCUUUUUCCUGUACUGUUGGGAUGACAAAACUUCGACAGAGUCAAAUUUAAUUUGUUCUUUAGGUGAAAUUA